UCGUUUUAACGCUUUUGAGUAGUUUAACUUGAAAUAUAAAUAAAACAUCCAAAAUCAUAUCAUAUGAAUAAUAUUUUUCCAUCUAAUUUUUGAACACUGUUAUUAUAUUUUCUUAAAAUGGAUAAAUUAUGCCAUUGUCGUAUAUUUAAUUAAUAUUUAUCUGAAAAUAUGCUAUCCAGUGAAAAGAAUAAGCCAUAACUUUUCAUGUGUUGAAAUAUUUACUACUUUUUUCUGAAAGUGCCUAUAGACAAUCUUAUGGCACAGCCUCCACCGCCACCUCCUCCUGAGGAGGUUGAAACUCCAGGAUGUGUUGUGAAAGAAAUAGAAAAGCAACUUUAUAAAACUUUGAAAGAUGUCUUUAAGUAUGAUAGUUAUAGAAGUUUAGUUCAGAAACGUGCUGUUGAAGCUGUUGCUAAUAGCAGUCAAGAUGUUUUUAUUUCCAUGCCUACAGGAGCUGGUAAAUCAUUGUGCUACCAGCUUCCAUCUCUUGUUAGCGAAAGGAAAGGCUUGACUAUUGUUGUCUCUCCCCUCAUUGCAUUGAUGUCUAAUCAGAUGAACCAGAUGCAGAAUUUAGGCAUCCCUACUGAAACCAUAAACUCUAAAAUGCCUGCUUCUCAACGGGACAGAGUGAAAAAGGACCUUAUGAGUUCAUCUCCUAUAACAAAACUGCUUUACAUAACUCCUGAAUUAGCUAAUACUUCUGGGUUUCACUCCAUAUUAGAUCAUUUAUACAAAACAAAUAAUAUUGCAAGAAUUGCUGUGGAUGAGGCACAUUGUGUUUCUCAAUGGGGACAUAAUUUUAGACCAGAUUAUUUGAAAUUGGGAGUUCUGAGAGUAAAAUAUCCAGCAAUACCUUGGGUUGCUUUGACUGCUACAGCCUCCAUUAAAGUUAUGGAUGAUGUUCUCGCACAGUUAAAACUCUGUCAGCCAGUUGCAAUUUAUAAAACUUCCUGCUUCCGUCCUAAUUUAUUUUAUGAUGUGUCUUUCAAAGAAACACUUGAAGAUCCAUAUGCUGACUUGACACAAUUUGCUUAUUCUGCGCUUGGUGACCAUUGGGAAAUGGAUCCACCAAAUGAAAGAGGCUGUGGUAUUGUGUAUUGUCGGACAAGAGAUGGUUGUGAGGAAUUAUCUAAUAGACUGACUAAGUUAGGGUUGCAUACUCAGCCAUAUCAUGCUGGAAUCAAGCCAAAUAUUCGUGAAGAAACACAAAAUGGUUGGAUGGAUGGAAGGAUCCCUGUCAUAGCUGCAACUGUAAGUUUUGGAAUGGGAAUUGACAAAGCCACUGUAAGGUUUGUAGCUCACUGGUGUGUGUCCCAAACAGUAGCUGGUUACUAUCAAGAGUCUGGUCGAGCAGGUAGAGAUGGUAAACCAGCCAAAUGUAGAAUUUACUAUUCUAGAAAAGACAGAGAUACCAUUCUUUUCCUUCUUAAAAAAGAUGAAAAUUCUGCCAAAACAAAAGGUCAACAUAUGAAAAUAUCUGCAACUAUCAAAAGCUUUAAUACAAUGAUUAAAUAUUGUGAAGAAUCUGUAUGUCGUCAUUAUUUGCUUGCAAGAGAGUUUGGCGAUGAUAUGCCCGAUUGCAGAAAGCACUGUGAUGUUUGUUGCACACCUAAAGCUGUUGCACAGAAAAUUGCAAAAUUUAAAAGCACUUUACUGGGAUCUAAAAUAAGAUAUAAAGAAUCAAAGGAUGGUUUUAAUGAUCUUUAUGGUGGUGGUCGAGAUGGGGUGCAGCAAGAAACUCACGAGUAUGAACGUGAAGAUAUUUCUAAUCAGGAGAAGGAAGCCGCUGCUGCUCUUUCUAAACUAAUUUCUGAUGAAUUUAGUAAAAGAAGGGGUACUAAAGAAAAAUCUGAAAAAUAUACUAAAACUAGUAGUUCUAAAGUUAUUCAGCCUUCUCUUUCAAAGAUACCAGAAGUUUCUGUUGUAAUGCGUGAGAAAUACUUUGAUAAAUUAGUCGAUGAAAUAAAAACUCAUAUGAAACGAUGCUCAUCCAAUGAACUCUGUCCAGUUUUAAAUGAUAAAGACAUACAAAAGUGUGCUUCUGAUUUUGAAUGGAGUUGUUUUAAUUCCAAAGGAAAUAUUCAUAUGUAUAGGCGAGAGAUUGUAAACUUGACUAAGUCAUUACGAGAAGCAUCUCGUCAAGUUGAAGUGCAUCCUUUGGUAACAAAUUUUGUGCCAAAUCGAAAAAACUCCUCUUCUGGUAAUAAAGAAAGAUUACAUACUAUUGUAGAUUAUUUCACUAAAGGUAAACCUAACUAUGAAAACAAAAAGGAUAUUUCAAAUUUAGGCAGUUCUAAGUCAUGUUCAGGUAGUCAAAGAACACUUGGUGGCUCUGACGUUUCAUUGUUAGAAGAACCUAGGAAGAAAAUGCAGUCUGUAUCCUCAGAUAGCUUGCACUGUGAUAUUACUUGUGAUAAAAAGAAUUCAAAAAUGGCCUUAGGGAAUGAAUUGGGGGGAUCUAAAAUGAAUGGCCCUAAAAAAAUAGGAAAAAGGUUAGAGAAUAAAAGAUCUAGCAUUGAAGUAGAGAAACCAAUCAUGAAAUACUUUUUUGAAAGUGUUCCAUGUCACAUUGAACCUUCAGUUGUCACUCUCUCCCCUGACACUGUUAAACAUCUCUCCCCAGCCAGUAAAGUAUCAAAAUCCCAUUCAGUUGAAAGUGAAAGAACAGUUGCUUCAUCACCAUCAAAAAAGAGAAGACGGCGAUCUUCUGAUUUAUCUCUUAGUGGACAUCAUGAAAAAUCUAAAAGGAAUGAACAUACUAAGACUACUACACAGAUACGCAAUGAUAAUCUUAAAAAGGCUGCUGAUUUAGUGCGAAAACAUUUGAAUCCAGAAUAUAAAUCAAAACGUAUUAGCAAAGAUUUAUUCAAGAUUGUUUGUCGUAGUAUAUCUCAUCGAUUAGUAGAAUCUGAUGCUGUUAAUGACACUGCAGCAAAAUGUGAAGUUGAAAAAUUGUUACAAUCAAAUGGAUCCUUACCUGGUAGCCAGUGACAUUGGUUUUAAAAUGUGGAUAUUCCAUAUUUGCAGGUAAUACUUUAAUUAUUAAUGAAGCAGGUUCCAUUAUGUAAAACUGUUUAAUUUUGUGUAAUUUUAACUUUUUGUCUUUCUGCAAACAUUUUUUAAAGCAAUGUCAUUAAUAAUAAAAUUUAAUUUUUAUAUAAUCCAGAUAAAACUGUUAUGUGCAAUUGGAAUAUUUUUGCAGUUGCCUUCUUGUUUGUUUGUUACUAUCUUCAUGUUAUCUGUGUUUGAAUGUAUAGUAUUAAAAGCUGUACAGAAACUACCAAAAGUGCCUUGAAAAGAACUAUCACAUUUCAUUUGUUAAGUUGUGUAUUAUAUUCAUAUACAAGAAUUCUUACUCUAGAAUAUUAAAUUUAUUGCCAGUGUUUUUAUUUCUAAAUUUAAUGUGCUAUAAUAUGCUAGAUAGCAGGCAUAUUUAUUGUGUGAUUAUUCUGUUAUGAAAGCUGUUUAUUGAACUUUUAAAAAAUUUUGUUAUGAAAAAAAAAGUUAAUAACUUUUGCUUGCCCUUAGCAAUUAUAUUCUUAAAUAGUCAAUCAGGGUCAUUAUGUUUAUAA